CUUGGGCCACCGCUUCUGUUUGUGAAUGACGUAAUUAGCGUAAAGCAAGAUGGCGUCCCGUCGAAAACAUAUUGAUUUGGAAGGAGUUUAACGACGGUAACGUCGUUUGAGGUUCCCCUGUCUAAACUUAAUUUUGAUAAAGGGGACUGGUUUAGCUCAGAUAAAGACGGUGUCGUUGUGGAGCCGGUUGAGUGGAGCCCGCUGGUGUUGGCUCCUCUGCGACGCUCCGGUGACAGCCGCCGGGCUGCGAGCCGCUGAGACAGGAUGGACGCCGGAGAGUACGUCGCUCCUGUGGACAACAUGGACUCGACCUUAGCGGAGUUGGGAGACGAGUUCACUUUAGGAGACUUUGACGAGAUGCUGCAGUAUGUCAGCAACCAGGUGGGGGACUUCUCCGACAUGUUUGAGGACCAGGUGCCCGCAGUGAGCUCUCUACAAACCGGCUGCGUCAGCUCCGCUCUGCAGCCGACCAUUCAAACCCCGCAGACAUCAGCCCCCGCGGUCUACCAGACCACCAGUGUAGGCCUCCCCUCCUCCCAGACGCUGUCCCUUCAGUCUGUUCCCCUCACCCCUCCCCUCACUCCCGCACAGACACCUUCCCCCAUCACCACUCCUUCAGUGCUUCAGCAGGUGAUCCGCAGCCCUCCGCUGCUGCAGCCACGCCCUCAGAUGGUCCAACCCAUCCAGCCACAGCCCCAACAGACUGCCCCACCAACCAUCCAGAUGCACACCCAGGGGGUUCCCUUACAAACCCAGAACUUCCCGGUCCACACUCUGGUUCAGACCCACUGCCAGACGCCUCUCCCCAUCCAGACGCAGGCUCAAACUGUGAUGAUCGCCUCCAACGGUGGACAGUCACGCUUCAUCCAGAGCCCGGUCAUCUGCCAUCAGAGUCCUGCUCCCAGUUUCCAAGUUCUUCAACCACAAGUUCAGAGCAUCAUGACGUCACCACAGCUUCAACCGGUAACCAUCCAGCAUCAGAGAGUCCUGACCCAGACCGGUCAGACCAUUCAGACCCUCUCUACCGCGCCCGCUGCAGUCCACGCUGUGCAGCAGCAGGUGCAACAAGUGCCUGUUUUGGUUCAACAGCCUCAGAUUCUAAAGACAGAGUCACUGGUUCUCACAACUCUGAAGGCAGACGGGACACAGGUGUUGUCCACCAUGCAGAGCCCUACAGGCAUCACCACCCUGACCACACCCAUCCAGAACACAGCUUUACAAGUCCCAACGCUGAUGGGCAGCAACAUUCUCACCACUGUUCCUGUUGUGAUGGGGGGAGGAGGGGACAAGCUGCCCAUCAAACAGCUCCCGCCAGUCUCCACCUGCACUCACGCAGCAAGGUCGAGCGUGGAGCAGAACCCGAUGAUGGCAGGCACCAUGGGGCCGGGAGUUGUGAUUAAGGAGGGUGAAAGAAGAACAACGCACAACAUCAUUGAGAAGAGAUACAGAUCCUCCAUCAAUGAUAAGAUUGUGGAGCUCAGAGACCUGGUUAUGGGCAACGAUGCAAAGAUGCAUAAGUCAGGGGUGUUGAGGAAGGCCAUUGACUACAUUAAAUACCUGCAGCAGGUCAACCAAAAACUACGGCAAGAGAACCUGACCCUCAAGAUGGCCAACCAGAAGAACAAGCCGGUGACACUGUCUGAGGAUAUGGAGCUCAAACAGGAAGUAGUGAUGAUGUCACCUCCAGCUUCUGAUUCUGGCUCCAGUUCUCCACAUCAGUUCUCUCCAUACUGCGUUGACUCUGAACCAGGAAGUCCUUUAAUGGAUCAUGACCAGGUGAAGAGUGAGCCUGACUCCCCCUCCACGGUGGGAGUGAUGGACCGGUCCCGUCUGCUCCUGUGUGCCCUGACCUUCUUCUGUUUGUCCCUGAACCCUCUGCCCUCUUUGCUGGGCUCGGAGGCCUCGGGGAACUCUGGCCUUUCUGCAAGCCCCGUCUCAUCCCGCAAGCUCGUCUGGUUCCCUUCUCACACGCAGGACUUCGCGUCUUGGCUGUGGUGUCUGUUGCCGUGGGUGAUUGUGUGGGUGCUGAGCGGGGUGGGAGCUCUGUGGGGCUGUGUCAGAGUGCUGUACCUGUGGGAGCCCAUCACGCCGCUUCACUCGCCCAAAUCUGUGUCUUUCUGGAGGCACCGCAAGCAAGCAGACCUGCAUCUCAACCGGGGAGAUUACACAGCAGCCAUGGCCAGUUUGGAGACUUGUCUGUCUGUCUUGGCGAGAGCUCUUCCCUCCACCAGUCUGGACCUGGUUUUUUCCAUCUCCUGGAAUUUGAUUCGCUACUGCUUGCAUCGUCCAACACCUCUGGGCUGGCUGGUCCAUCAGGUUGGAGGGAAGCAUGAAGGGGAGGAGGCAAGGACCAGUGCAAGGGACGCAGCGCUGGUUUACCACCAGCUGAGCCAACUGCAGCUCACAGGAAAGCUGCCACAGCGCAGCAGCUUGUGGGCUUUCUCUCUGUCUUUAAGUGCUGUUAACCUCAGCGAGAGCGCCCAAAGCAAGAUGGCCCCGACUCAACUCGCUCAGAUUUAUGUCACUGCAGCGACAGCCCUGCGCACCAUCCUGGGCCACCACCUUUCUUGUCUGCCUGGUUACCUUUUGGGUUGUGCAGAGAGCGUGGCCAACCAGUCAGAGACCAAACAAAUCCCCGACGUCCUGCACUGGCUCUUCACACCUCUGGGCCGGCAGUUCUUCCUGAGCUGUGAUUGGUCAGUGAAGUCAGACAGCGGCGAUGAAGUGUACACUUCUCAGAGAGACGCAGCUGACCCCAUUGCCCAGCUGCACCGAUGUUUCUGCAGGAAGCUUUUGGAGAGAGCUGUUCUCACCCUCAUCCAGCCGCAGAGCGACUCUGACUCGGGCAGCUGCAAGAACGACUCUGGGGAGUUUUCCAAUGCCCUGGAGUUCCUCGAGUUGUUGAACAGCUGCACGGAGGACUCUCCCUCUUCUCCUCCACCCUUCUCGACUCCUCCCAGUCACACCACUGUUUCAGUGGGGGACCCGGUGAGUCGUUGGUGGGCUCUGGUCCUGAAGGCUGCUGUUCACUGGCUGCAGGGGGACGAUGUCGCUGUCCGAUCCCUUUUGGCUGAAGCAGAGCGAAUGCCAAGAGCGCUGCACAUUCUUGACCAUCCUCUGCCCAAAGCCGUGCUUCUUCUGUGUAAGGUAGUCCAGAUGAGCCUGUCCCCUCUGAAAGGGGAGGGGGUGGUGUCCUGCCUCUCCCACUGUGACAGAGCGAGCAGCUACCUGCGCUCCAGCAUCUCCGUGCCUCUCGCUCAGUCUGGAAACUGGCUCAACAAGGGGGUGGAGCUUCUCAUCUGUGACCUUCUUCUGACCUUGAGGACCAGUUUGUGGCAGCGAGGAGGCAGCAGUAAUGGGGAGCCUGGUCCGGCUCCUGGGUCUCAGUUGGCUGGUUUCCAGAGGGACCUGAGCGCCCUCAGGAAGCUCACACAGUGCUACAGACAGGCGCAGCACAAGAUGUUCCUCCAUGAGACCACGGUGCGGCUGAUGGCUGGAGCCAGUCCGACGAGGACACACCAGCUGCUGGAGCACAACCUGCGACGCAGAACACACAGCUCAUACUCUGCAGAGGGGGAGCGUGUCGUCGGUGAGAGGGAGCGGGCUCAUGCCAUCCUUCUCGCCUGCCGCCAUCUGCCCAUGCCUCUGCUGACCCCGCCAGGUCACCGAGCCCGUCUGCUGGCCGAGGCCAAGAGAACCCUGGAGCGCGUUGGAGACCGCCGGUCCCUGCAGGACUGUCAACAGAUCCUGCUGCGCCUCAGCGGGGGCACCACCAUCGCUGCUUCCUGAACGCACACAAAAAGAAACAACUUCUGAUUAUAAGAUGGAAAAUGUAGACUUCAAACUGCUGCAAGCGCCCUGAAACAUUUAAUGGCUACACCUUUUAACAGUUUGAUCUCUAGUUGAAAUGUUGCAGCUCUUUAGCCCCACCUCCUGCCCAGUAGAGGUACUUAUUUAAUUCUUCAAUUAAAAACAAAGAUUUUGUUUUUCUGGUCUACUUUCUUGCUAAUUUAAAAAUAUAUACAUCCUGACAGAUGUUGUCUAAUCACUUCCAGAUGAGCGCACAACAGAACAAUGCCAACUGGGCCCAAAAUCAGAAAAAGGGACCAGUUUCUAGCAGCUGCUUGAAAUGAAUCCGAUGCAUCAAUUCACGAAUUAGUCGUAGCCGUGCAGUCGUUACUGAAGCAGCGUAAGUGCUGCGUGCACUGUUCAGUUAAUGUUAAAGGGCUUCAGCAGAGGUCUGAGUGCGUCUGCGCUGCAGAGGAGCUCGCUUUAACCGUACAGUGAGUGGUGGCGUCUAUCUACCUCAAACACUGUACGAUGCCAGCGUUGUACUACAAAACGAGAAACGCAUCAGUUCUUCUAAAACUGUUCUCUAAAGUCAAGGUUCAGUCUCUUAUAACGUUUUAUUUGAUCGUAGCAGCACAGCUCUUAAGAAUUUAUUGAAACUAAAGGCAAGACAGGAAGCUGCUGCUGCUCCUGAAUGUGUAAAUGAAAGCUAAAAGUGAACCAACGGAGGAACUGUCUACACUCACAGAGGUGUCCAGAUGUUUAUCGCAUGUUUAAAGUCGUUGCAUUCAUACAGACCGUGUGAUUGUAUAUAAGUUGUAUAUAAGCAGAUAAAGUAGAUCAAACUGGGAGUUAUUUCUUGGAGACUCUAUUCAGAAGGAGCACUUUACCGUGUUACAUCAACAAUCUGAGACCUUUAGUUUUUACUCCUCCAUCUAUUGUUCCCGAACCUUCGCCUGCGUUUUCUGCACCUGAGCGGGUUUGAAAAUGUCUCUGAGCAGCAGCUGGGGGGUGAAUACUGUGGCAACAGACACAGAGUUCAGGUUUUGACCUUUUAUACAGAGUUUCAAGUAGCGCAGGUCAAAAACUAAUAAAAGAUGUUUGGAGUUUCACUAGAAGUCUUAAAAAAAAAAAAAAAGGUUUGAUAUGCAUCUAAAGCUCUUCAGCAAAAUGGGUUUGGUGUUCUGUAGAAAAACAUGUUUUAGCAGCUGAGGAUGACUGAGUUUUAUUUUUGUGAUGUUUGUCCAGUUCACUUUUUAUUUGUAAUUAUCACGACAUUUUGUCAAUCCUGUCUCUCUGCUCUGAAUCUAUUUAAUGGUUAUGUAAGAUAAAUGCUCUUGAGGGGCCAGACAUUGUCCAAAGGGGAUCUCUAAUAGUAAAAAUGUUUUUUAUAUAUCUCGUUUUUAUUUCAAAUCCUUCAUUAGAUCUUUAUUUUAGGUUGUAGGGAUCACUCCUCUCAAACAAUGUGAUUCCUUGGUUUUAAAAUGUCCAAACAUAGUCAUGAAACAAGUUUCCAACUAAACUAUCUGAAGAAACAUUUAAAAACAUUUGCAAGUAAUUUAGUUUUUACAUUUAGUGCACAAGAAAGCAUUUUUGCUGUUUUUAAUUGUGACAUUUUGUUUUCUCCCCUCGAGUUGUUUUAUUCUUUGAACUUCUGUGUUUCUUUCAAUGUUUUCCAAUAAAACAACACAAC